CUUGAGCGUUUUUUAAGAAAGUUUGAACUCGCAAAACCGCAGGUAUAGCCCGUCAAAAGAAGAAAAAGGAAAGAGAAAUUACUUUCUUGCACAAGAAUGAGUGGCAGCAGCAGCAGCAGCAGAACAGAUCAAGAAAGGGGAGCAAGUGCAGCUCGGAAGAAAUUCAAGGGAGUGAGGAGGCGGAAAUGGGGCAAGUGGGUGUCUGAAAUAAGGGUUCCUGGCAAGCAAGAUCGACUUUGGUUAGGUUCUUACUCCACACCCGAGGCGGCUGCGGUGGCUUAUGACAUAGCCUCUUAUUGUUUACGUGGACCUUCUUCGAUAGAGAGUCUGAAUUUCCCUCUAAUGUUGCCUGCAAGUGUAAGGGAAGACAUGUCACCUAAGUCCAUACAGAAAGCUGCUUCAGAUGCUGGCAUGGCAAUUGAUGCUCAAAUGAUAAUGAACAGGGUACCAGAAAAUGAGGUCAAGUUCUGGAAUGCAAGUGGUGCAGUUAAUCGUGGACUAGAGACAGAUCAGUUAUGCGAAACUGGAGGUGGCGAUCAUGGUGGUAAUUGGCAUGGAAACAAUACUGGAAUGAGAGAAGGGGACAUCUCAAUUGAAGAUUAUCUCUAGGGGUUUGGG